CCAGUUUCCCAGCAACCAGGAAGUAUGCAGGGCUUCGGCGUGAAUGGGAUGACAGGUGGUGACCCAGGGGUUACCAUGACACACCCGCCGUAUCCGGCACAGCCUGGCUCUGCACACAUGAUGAUGGGCUCCUAUCCUCCACCUCCGUCCUACUGCAAUCACCCACCUCCACCCUACGAACAAAUAUUUCAAAACAGCGACAAGAAGUAACAUCUGCGAGGAACUGAAGAGAUGGAACUAAAAAAAAGGAAGAGGCCAGAGGCUAAAUUAUCAGGAAGUUCUGAUGAAGAUGAGGAACUUAACUGUUUGUGGAUGUAAGACACACACAAUCUCUUGUCCUGCAGAAAAGACCAAAAGAGGCACAAUAACCAGAAUCUAGAUGCACAGGCACACGCACUCAUUCACUCACACUGCUUCAUCUACUCUUGAUUUCUGUGGAUCUGUGUACAGUGUGUGCCAGCCUUGUUGAACUGAAGAUGAGCACUGACGGACACAUUUAGGUCGAGGUUUUGGAUUCACCCACUGUCACUCGUCUACUCCACUCUCCUACCAGUGCAAUUAACUACAGCUGUAACAGUGCAGAAUGGAUGACGGUCAAACUCAUGUUGUAAUAAAAUGCUGGAUACUGUUUGUCUCACCAAACAGGGUUUUAACAUUUAACAAAUAUAUCAACUAUCAAAUUGAUCAAAUCAAAGAUACAUGAUUGUACAAAGGACUAUCUCUGUACAAGGAUGACAUUUUCUAUCCAGCAUUUUACUGCAAGAUAGGUCUUUACUAAAUGAUGAGUUCUUGAUACAUUUUUUAUUACAGUAUGUUAAGUCCUGUUACGUAAUGACAUAAUGAGCUAGUCUCUGUGCUCCUCUUAGCAGCAAUGUAGGCUUAAGUUCAGCACAAGAUGAGUCAAACACAGAGUGACGCUGAGAUGGAAGAGUGGCUGACAAAUUGUCAGUAGUUGUAGGGUCAUAGUCACUUCGAUAAUCAGCAUGCCGCAUGCUGCUCUGCUGGCAUAUGGGACAUAAAAGUGGCAUGUUCCAAUUCUGCCACAAGCCACAUUUAACUUUAGAUACUGUGCUGUCUGUAAGUAUAAAUUGGUAGUUUAUGCCAUAACAUUAUACUGGAAGACAAGCACUCCUUGAAGGUAGCCGUCACUGAUGAGAUAAACACCGUGCUUUUCAACAGCUCACCCAGUGAGGCUAUUGGUAGCUAAUUUAGUCCUGUACAGCAAGUGUAGGAAAAUCAAAGAAAAUCACCAUAUAACACUAAAACACUUAAGUUGUGUUUACAUGACAACGGUUUUUCUAAAAAUGGAAACGUUUUUCCUUUGUUUUAAAAAAGUUAAAUAGGUGAUGGAGUAACUUUGCAACUCAACACCACGCGUCAGCAUACAAACGCUUUCUUCUACAGCACAGUGAGUGUAAACAGGAAGAGAAGGUGGCCAACGCGCACUUGAAAACUGACUAUUUUGGUGACUCCGCGAUUAGCUCCAGCGAAAGCGCUGGUGG